CGAAAGCGAAGAGCCGAUUUCUGGGGAAGCGGUGUCCAUCGCCCAUGCUCUUUCUUACCCUCCUGAGUCAUAUGGCAACGACAAUGGAAAAUUGGCUAUCUGAUAAAGACAAAUGAUGAAUAUAACAUGCUACACUCAGGAAAGUGAAAAAUAGUUUCACAUGUAUUUUUGUCCUCCCAACAACUCUGAGCCUGAUAUUGAAAUGGCUUGGGCCAUUCGAGCAAUGCAGCAUGCUGAAGUCUAUUAUAAACUGAUUUCAUCAGUUGACCCACAGUUUCUGAAACUCACCAAAGUAGAUGAUCAAAUCUACUCUGAGUUCCGUGAAAUCUUUGAUACACUCAGAGUAGAUGUUUUGGACCCAGAAGAACUCAAAUCAGAAUCCGCUAAAGAGAAGUGGAGGCCAUUCUGCUUAAAAUUCGAAGGGAUUGUAGAAGAUUAUAACUAUGGUACUUUGCUGCGACUGGAUUGUUCCCAGGGCUACACUGAAGAGAACACUAUCUUUGCACCCAGGAUUCAAUUUUUUGCCAUUGAAAUUGCUCGGAACCGGGAAGGCUAUAACAAAGCAGUUUCCGUCAGUGUUCAGGACAAAGAAGGAGAGGAAGGAGCUGGCAAUAAAGAAGAGGAAGCUGAGAAAGGAGCUGAUAGUGGAGGAGAAAAAGAGGAAGGAGUCAACAGAGAAGGAGAAAAGUAGAAAACUAACGAGGGAGGAGAAAAAGCCAAGAAACACGUGACUCAGCUGACCCCACAUGUGUCUGUGCUGCUCACACAGCCCCCUUGGUUCAAUAAUACCCUUGUGCAAGUGGACGGCUCAGACGGACAUCUUUCUAGCUAGCAAGAAAAGCUACUCUGGCCAUAAUAGCUUAAACACGGAUUACUGGAGUCUCUUAGUUCAUUACUGCUUGAUAUCCUGUUUCUUGGCUGUAACUGUUGUUGAAGUAAGACAUUUUGUAAAUAAAUUCCUUUUGGUUUAUUUUACUUA